UACGUGAUUAAUUUCCGGGUUAGAAGCGACACUUGCGGAACAAACAGUAUUACUUGCAGUACGCUCACUCAUCUAAAAUAUGAAAAAUGCCGUCAAGAAAUCAUCUUGACAAAGUUGGAAGGAAGAAGAAAAAGAAAUGGACAGAGGAGGCUAUGGAACGUGCACUGAUUGAGGUGAAGUCGGGGAGAUGCACUGUAAGACAGGCUGCAAAGCAGUUUGGAGUCCCAAAAUCAUCACUUGGUGACCGGGUCAGUGGACGGGUGACACCGGGGAGCCGCAGUGGGCCUGCUCAGCUCAUAACAUCCUCUGAUGAGGAACUGUUGGUGGAGUUCUCUUUAUACAUGUCCAAGCAUGGAUUCCCGCUUACUAAGCAGCAGCUAGUGUCAUUUGCAUCUUCCAUUUACAAGCGUCAACACAGGAGGGUCGCCUUUUCUAAACUGGGUCAAACAUGGUGGCUGAACUUUAGAAAACGCCAAGAAAAGAAUAUUAGCAUUCAACCUGCUGAUAAUGUUGUCCGUGGGAGGACAGUUCAUGUUCGAAAAGAAGAGGUGGAUCAGUUUUUCCACCUCCUGAGCACUGUUGUCGAAGCUCACGCAUUGGGAGACAAGCCUCACCAGAUCUGGACCUGCAGCGAGAUGGAUUUUCAGCUGGCUCGGAAGAGGGUGAUUCUCCCCAAAGCUAACAGUCUUGGUUGCAAGUUAGCCCCAGCGACCAGGGACUACAUCUCUGUCCUCGCUUGCUUUAACGCCGUCGGGAAGGACAUUCCCCCGUUUAUUGUCUUCUCCAAAGCAUACCCAGGAGGGGUUUGCUACAAGACACAAGGACCACCAGACGCCCUCUAUGGAUGGUCAGACUCGGGAUGCGUCACCUCUGAGCUUUUCAAGAAGUGGUUCCUCCGACACUUCCUUGUGUAUGCACCCAAGGAGCGUCCACUGCUGCUCGUUUUCCAGGGACACAAGUCACCCGUCAACCUGGAGGUAGUGGAGGCCGCUCGUAAGGAGGAUGUCGUCCUUCUGUGCCUGCCGCCUCAUUGCUCUCCCAACCUGCAGCCCUUGGAUGCGGGCCUGUGUCCGCUCGUCAGAAAGCGCUUUUCAACCCUCUUAGGUGACGCGACCACCACUGAUGCCACUCUCUUUGCGGUCAGCAAGAAGGACUUCUCUGGUGUGUUCAAGGGGGCGUAUCAGGUGGCUAAAGAGGAUGAGGGGGUCAGGAUAGUCAAGGAAAGUUUUAGGAAAUGUGGCAUCUACCCCCUAAGCCACUUUGUGGCCAACGAGGUCCAUUUAAUGUCACAACACAGCGUGGACCCUACAGAUGGAGCAGCAUUGUCCAUGCCAGCUCAGCAUGUUGUAGGGGGUUUCAAUGCACCUGGUCCUUCUGCCUGACUAUGUCACAGUCCCCCACCCCCAAGCCCCAUUUUUGCUUAAUAUCAAGAUUUUUAUAUCUUAUGUGUGAAUGCUAUGCAACAAGACAAGGGAAAGCCCCAUAAAAUAACCCACCCAUCUUCUAUGACGCUUAUUCUCACUACUGUCACGGGAGUAUGCUGGAGCUUCUCCCAGCUGAUUUAGGGCGAGAGGCGGGGUACACCCUGGACUGUCCAAUCACAAUCACAGGGCGCAUGUGAACAAACAACCAUUCACACUCACAUUCAUACCUAUAGACAAUUUAGAGUCUCCAAUUAAACUAAAAUGCAUGUUUUUUGAUUCCACGCAAAGAUGCCCAACGGAGAUUCAAACCGAGAUCUUCCAGAUCUCCUGACUGUGUUGCCAACACCAUGUGGCCCCAUAAAAUAGCCAAGGUCAUUUAUUGUGUUAAAUUCUGAUUGAUUUUCUUGGAGAUAUACAACAUAUUUUCACAGAAAUCAUUCUAGGUUCCUACUUCUUUGAAAGAAACUACAGAUGGAACAACUGUAAGUGGACAUAUGAUAGCCAGCAUGGACUAUAGUACUGGCACACCUGGCCACUACACUUACAGGAAGUGGAAAUAGAAAGAAAAUAUCAGUUAGUGUCCCCCUUCCACCUGUAACUGUGUCUAUCGUGUGUAUGGGAUUUUUGUCUGUUCAUCCAGAAGAACAUUUGUGGGGUCAGAGGGCCUGCUGGCUCGCCGUGUCCAUUGUAGUUCAUCCCAAUCUGUUUGAUGGGCGAGUUUUUCCACACAAAAAACUUAUCCAACCACAUUUUUAUGGACCUUGCUUUAUACGCUGGGGCACUAUUCUCAAAAAGAACAGCAGAAAAUUGUCCAAAAUGUCUUCAUUUAUGGGGUACACAGUCCCUUAAUUGAUUAACAGUAUCAUCUCAACAUCUUUGUCCAUUAUAGUAUAUUUGGGAAGACACUAAAUUUGUACAGGAAGUGGCACAAUGAGGAGGGUGGCGUUAUUCCUUCCCACUCAGCAUGCGAGUGGUGUGGUUUCAAACCAUAUCUCUUUUGUUAUUGCACCAACUCACAUGAUAAACCUUUUUUUUAACCUUAAUAAAUUGCCUUCAUGUGUACUGUAGACCUUUGUCACUCGAUGCGGUGUAUGAAAUUCUUAAAAUGACCCAUUCAGGAAAGUUGUAAUGUUUCCUGUUUAUAAGAUAAAAAUGAUUUUGCAGCAUAAAUGUUUCCAUCAGGUGAUUUUUGUAUAGUUUACAAACAUAAAAAUUAACAGCGCAUGAUCAGAGCUGCUAUUUGCACUGCUCAAAUAUGUCCCAGAUGGCAAUUUGUCACAGAAGCUGUUACGUCAUUUAUUUAUUUUCUGACACAGGAAGACUUACUGACUGCUCUUCAUAUUAGCAUUUUAUCAACACAGAGUUGUUGAAUUAACCGACAACAUUGACCACGUAGAGUCCCUUUAGUCCCUAAACGUUCUCAGAUAUCAGAAUUAAAUUAAUAGCCUUUUUGUGGGUAUCUCAACUGUAAUGGUUUAGUUAUUAUUAUGUGGACUCAGUCUAAAUGAAUUGUACACGUUCACAGUUAACAAAACUAGUUAUUACAUCAAAAAUGAGAUUAGAUUAGCUCGUCAGAUUAGAUGGUGGAGCGCAUGUGCCGUAAACUUUUACCUUUCGACAUGCUGCGGAAAUUCUCAGACGAUGAUGAGAUGCGAUGACAUGUACUCAAAAUCUGUGAAUGCUUGCACUAAAGCAUGAAACCAACCAUUUCUUCUCCCGCUCAUUAUUUCAUUUUUGGGGUCAAGCAAGGUUAAAAGUGCCAACUCCACAAAUACGCACUUUUCCGAUGAAAAAUAAUUCCAUGUAUCUCAGGACUAUGUUGACGUCACAUUUACUGUUUACACUUUCACACUCAGCAUCUUGCCUGUCUUCACUUUGCGCUCCUGUUAACAUUUUAAUCCACCCUCAGUUUUUAAUCUUGUUUGAUGAAUCUCUCCGGAGAUGUGCCGGCACCAAUUACUUUGCUCAGAUUCAUCAUACUGCGGAAAUUAAAGCAAUCAAGACUGUGUAACUAGUCUUAGACAGGUUACUUUUACCCUACUGGUGAUGUGUUAGAGUAAUUGUGCUUCUCACAUUCUCUAAAUUCAACGCUCUUGACAAAGUGCAUUAUCAAUAAUAAUCACAGAUGUAUAAAAUGUAGUGGAACAACCGCUACAUAAUUUACGUAGAAUUCUUGUUUUGAGGAAAGAAUAUUUGUCGACCGAGU